AUGAGUAGAUCAGAGGAUUUAGACCCCGAGAUGCUUGAACUGCUGACGUGCGCAUUUGACGAAGGAGUGAAAGUAAAAAGCGCAGCAGAAGUUGGAAAAAGAGCAGUAGAAUAUUUUCGAGGAGAUGAAUUUGUGCAUUUCUUAUACAGCAGGAGAGAUAUGCUAAAAAAGAAGUUCCCCAAAUUAUUGCAAAAUCGAACAUUAGCAGAUUUAAAAGAUAUAGAAGAUUUUGCAGACACAUUCAUACAAAAAGGAUAUAUAUAUAAAGCUCAAUAUAAGCCAAUUAAAGGAAUAAAUGAAAUAGAUGAAAAUGGGAUGUAUAGAAGGCCCAAAUGGCCUAAAAGAUUAAUAAUGUGUUCAAAGCAAAAUUUUGAUAAGACAAGUUUUUAUAUACUAGUUCAUGAAAGAAAUAAAAAGCUACAAUACUUAAUGUUAAUAACAUUGAUAUCUAUUGUAUUAAUUUGUUGCAUGUUUCCAGUAUGGCCAUUGAGAUUAAAAUUGGCCAUAUGGCAUUUAUCAGUAGGAUUUAUAUCAUUAAUAUCCGUGAUAGUAGUUGGUAGAUUAAUAGCUUUUAUUUUCUUCUGGUUUUUUGGAGUAGAUUAUUGGAUAUUUCCAAAUUUAUUUGAUGAAGAAUGUAAUGUUGUUGAAUCCUUUAUACCUGUCCAUUCAUGGAUUUACAGAAAUGACACAUGGAUUUUAGUAAUAGCAAGAAUGUUUACUGCUGUUUUGUUAGCUAUAGGGAUACAUCAAUUAGGAAAGACACAUUCCAUUGAAGAUAUCAAAAAUUUUGCAACUCAAUCAUUUAUUGAUAUAAUUGAAUGGGGUAAUAAAAAAUUAGCUGCUUCUCCGGAAAAUGUUUCUAUGUACAAGUCUUUAGACUCCAAGGCAACAUUCGAAGGAGAAUUUGAAGAUGAUGGGGUGGUGUAUGACGAGAAUGAAGAAAAUUACGAUUGUUUGAAGAGAUGCGGAUUCCAGACAUUUGAAGAGUUGGUGAGGAAGUGUUUCCUAAAAUGUGAAUGCAUGGAGAAAAUUUUAAAAUCAGAAUGUUACAAGAAAAAAUGUUCAAGGGUGACCAAAGAAGUUUUGGACGAAGCACACAAAGAAGCUUGUUUUGGAAAGAAAAAGGAUUAA